UUCUCGCACCACCGGGUCUCCUGUCCACCGGCAGACUGGAUCCGCGCCGCCCACGAGAACGGCACCAAGAUCCUCGGAACCCUCAUCUUCGAGCACGACGCCGGCAAGGGCGACAUCAUCGAGCUCGUCACACCGUCAUCGUCGUUCUCCUCGGCCACUUCUUCUUCGGCGUCCCGCUUUGACCGCCUUUCGACGCGGUACGCCGACUGCCUCGUCGACCUUACCCUCGAGCGAGGCUUUGAUGGCUGGCUCGUCAACGUCGAGGUCGAGCUCGGCGGCGAGGGUGCGUCGGACGAGCAGAAGAGGGCGCAUGCGGCAGCUCUCGUCGCGUGGUUGCGGUACCUGUCGGGCGAGAUGAGGCGCAGGGUGCCCGGCGGCGAGAUCAUGUGGUACGACGCCGUGACGACCGACGGCAAGCUCGAGUGGCAGAACGCCGUCACCGAGCGCAACCUGCCCUUCUUCGACGCGUCCGACUCGAUAUUUCUCAACUACUGGUGGCGCCCAGAGCAGCUCGCGUCGACCGUCGGCCUCCUCGACAAACUCGGCUCGAGCCGUCACUCGGACGUUCACUUCGGCCUCGACGUGUUCGGGCGCGGCACGCUCGCCGGCGGCGGGUUCGAGAGCUGGCGCGCCGUGCACACGACCGAGCAGGCGGUCGGCGCGCGCUCGACGUCGUUCUCGACCGCGCUUUUCGCGCCGGGCUGGACCGUCGAGGCC